AUGGUGUUCAGGCUGAAGCUUAUUCUGUUCUUAGUAUUGCACUUUUUGCCUAAGGUGAAAAGCUCAAUGGUAAGUUUGAAUAACAAUGGAUAUGAAGAUAUUGUCAUUGCAAUUAAUCCCAGUGUACCAGAAAAUGAAACACUCAUUCAAAGAAUAAAGGAAAUGGUAACUGAAGCUUCUACAUACCUGUUUCAUGCCACGGAAAGAAGAGUUUAUUUCAGGAAUGUAAGCAUCUUAAUUCCAGUUACCUGGGAGUCAAAAUCUGAGUACUUAAUGCCAAAGCAAGAAUCAUAUGACCAGGCAGAUGUCAUAGUUGCUGAUCCUUACCUGAAAUAUGGAGAUGAUCCCUAUACUCUUCAAUACGGACAGUGUGGAGAGAAAGGACAAUAUAUACAUUUCACUCCAAACUUCCUGUUGACUGAUAAUAUGUCUAUCUAUGGGCCUCGAGGCAAAGUAUUUGUCCAUGAGUGGGCCCAUCUCCGGUGGGGAGUGUUUGAUGAGUAUAAUGUGGACCAGCCAUUCUAUAUUUCCAGAAAGAACACUAUUGAAGCAACAAGGUGUUCCACUCAUAUUACUGGUAUGAAUGUGGUUUUCAAUGAAUGCAAGGGAGGCAGCUGUAUAACAAGGCAAUGCAGACGUGACUCAAAAACGGGGCUGUAUGAAGCAAAAUGUACAUUUAUCCCAAACAAAUCUCAGACUGCAAGAGACUCCAUAAUGUUCAUGCAAAAUCUCAACUCUGUAACUGAAUUUUGCACAGCAAAAACACACAACAUAGAAGCUCCAAACCUACAAAACAAAAUGUGCAAUCACAAAAGUACAUGGGAUGUAAUCAAGGAAUCUGAUGAUUUUCAGAAUGCAUCUCCCAUGACAGGAACAAAUCUACCACCUCAUCCUACAUUUUCAUUGCUCAAAUCCAAACAUCGAGUAGUCUGUUUGGUACUUGAUAAAUCUGGAAGCAUGAAUACAGUAGACCAUCUUGUCUCAACUCGUCUCCUUCGAAUGAAUCAAGCAGCAGAACUGUACUUAAUUCAAAUUAUUGAAAAGGGAUCUAUGGUUGGAAUGGUCACAUUUGAUAGUACUGCUGAGAUCCAAAAUAAGCUAACAAAAGUAAUUAAUGAUAACACUUACCUAAAGCUCACUGCAAAUCUGCCUAAAAUUGCUAGUGGAGGAACUUCAAUUUGCAAUGGCCUCAAAGCUGGAUUCCAGGCAAUUACCUACAGUAACCUGAGUACCUUUGGUGCUGAAAUCAUAUUACUAACAGAUGGGGAAGAUGAUGCAAUAAGCUCAUGCUUUGAGGACAUCAAACAGAGUGGUGUAAUCAUCCACACCAUUGCUCUAGGACCUUCUGCUGCCAAAGAGCUGGAGACUCUGUCAAAUAUGACAGGAGGACUUCGUUUUUAUGCCAAUAAAGACAUAAAUGGCCUCAUAGAUGCAUUCAGUAGAAUUUCAUCUAGAAGUGGUAACAUCUCUCAACAGGCUCUUCAGUUGGAAAGUAAAGCCUUGAAUAUUACAAGAAGGGAAUGGAUAAAUGGUACAGUUCCCGUGGACAGUACAAUUGGAAAUGACACUUUCUUUGUUGUCACCUGGACAAUACGAAAGCCAGAAAUUAUUCUUCAGGAUCCAAAAGGGAAAAUAUAUAAAACCUCGGAUUUCAAAGAUGAUAAACUAAAUAUUCAUUCUGCCCGACUUCGAAUACCAGACAUUGCAGAGACAGGCACUUGGACCUACAGCCUUCUAAAUAAUCAUCCCAACUCUCAAUUGCUAACAGUGACAAUGACCACUCGAGCAAGAAGUCCUGCCACACUCCCAAUAAUUGCAACUGCUCACAUGAAUCAAAACACAGCACAUUACCCUAGUCCAAUGAUUGUUUAUGCUCGAGUCAGUCAAGGGUUUCUGCCUGUUCUGGGAGUCAAUGUAACAGCCAUUAUAGAAACUCAAGAUGGACAACAAGUAACAUUGGAGCUCUGGGACAAUGGUAUAGGUGCUGAUACUGUGAAAAAUGAUGGCAUCUACUCAAGGUACUUUACAGAUUACCAUGGAAAUGGUAGAUACAGUUUAAAAGUACAUGUUCAGGCAAGAAAAAACACAGCUAGACUAAGUUUAAGACAACAACCCAACAAGGCUCUGUAUAUACCUGGCUAUGUUGAAAAUGGUAAAAUUAUACUGAACCCACUCAGACCUGAAGUCAAAGAUGAUGUGGCAGAAUCCAAAAUGGAAGAGUUCAGCAGACUAACUUCUGGAGGGUCGUUUACUGUGUUAGGAGUGCCACCCAAAGGUAAUCAAACUCAUGUGUUCCCACCUGGUAAAAUUGAAGACCUUGAGGCUGAGUUUAAAGGAGAUCAUAUUCAACUUUUAUGGACUGCUCCCGGCAAUGUUCUUGAUAAAGGAAAAGCUAAGAGCUACAAUAUAAGAAUAAGUAAAUGUUUCCUGGAUCUCCAAAAAGAUUUCGAUAUUGCUGCUUCAGUAAAUACUUCUGCUCUAAUACCUAAGGAGGCUGGCUCAAAAGAAAUUUUUGAAUUUAAACCAGAAUAUUUUAAAAUAGAAAAUGGCACCAAGUUCUAUAUUGCAAUUCAAGCUAUCAACGAAGCCAAUCUCACUUCAGAGGUUUCUAACAUUGUACAAGCAACCAAGUUUAUUCCUCCAAAGGAAACUAGCAUCCCAGCUUUGGGUACCAAUAUCUCUGCAAUCAGUUUAACAGUUUUGGGAUUAGCUGCAAUUUUAUCUGUAUUUUAA